UGGGUUGAUCCUUAACAACCCAUUUCGGGUGUUUAACGUCUCCCAUAAAUCGUUAAGAUAGAGGAUAUUCUGCUUUUGCACAUUGAUUUUGGGAUAAUAGAUGAAAAAGGGUUCAAAUAAAUUUGCAAUUUAAAUGACCCAAGUCCCAUGGACCAUCCAAAACUUCCGCAACCUAUUGAAAACAUGCAUAAGCCACAGAAACAUUUUAACAGGCAAAUCCCUCCACUCUCUUUACAUCAAAUCCCUCGUUCCUUCGUCAACUUACCUUUCCAAUCAUUUCAUCCUCCUCUACUCCAGAUGCGGCCUUUUAGCCACUGCCCACAACGCCUUUUUCCAAACCCAACAUCCCAAUACCUUCUCUUUCAACGCCAUCAUCGCUGCCUACGCCAAGGAAUCCCUCCCUUCCGUUGCCCACAACCUGUUCGAUCAGAUUCCUCACCCAGACCUUGUUUCUUAUAACACUCUCAUUUCCGCUUAUGCGGAUUGUGGUCGGACUGAACCUGCAUUGGAGUUGUUUAAGAAAAUGAGAGACUUGUUUUUUGAAAUGGAUGGCUUUACUUUAUCUGGGGUCAUCACGGCUAGUUUGAAUGAUGUGUGUUUGAUUAGACAGGUGCAUUGCUUUGUGGUUUUUUGUGGGUUUGAUUCUUAUGCUUCGGUCAACAAUGCGUUGCUUUCCUGUUACAGCAAAGAGGGUUUUUUAAGGGAAGCAAAGCGGGUGUUUUAUGAGAUGGGAGAGUGUAAAGAUGAAGUGUCUUGGAACUCCAUGAUCGUUGCCUAUGGGCAGCAUAAAGAGGGUGCAAGAGCACUGGCAUUGUUUCAGGAAAUGGUUAGGAGAGGGUUCGAUGUUGAUAUGUUUACUUUGGCUAGUGUUUUGACAGCGUUUACAAGUUUAGAGGACCUGUUAGGAGGAUUUCAGUUUCAUGCUAUGUUGAUCAAGACUGGCUUUCAUCAAAAUGCUCAUGUCGCCAGUGGUUUGAUUGAUUUGUAUUCGAAAUGUGGAGCUGGCAUGUUGGAUUGUGGGAAAGUUUUUGAAGAGGUUUCAGGACCGGAUUUGGUUCUCUGGAACACUAUGAUUUCGGGGUAUUCCUUGCACGAAGAACUCUCUGACGAGGCUCUCAAGUGUUUCCAAGCGAUGCAGCGUGUCGGAUAUUGCCCUGAUGAUUGUAGCUUUGUAAAUGUAAUUAGUGCAUGCUCCAAUUUGUCAUCGCCUUCUCAGGGAAGACAGAUUCAUGCACUGGCAAUCAAAUCUGAAGUCCCUAAUCAAAUUCAAGUCCAUAAUGCCCUGAUUGCUAUGUACUCAAAAUGUGGAAAUCUUCCCGAUGGAAGACGGGUAUUUGAUAAGAUGCCGGAGCAUAAUACGGUCUCUUUGAAUUCAAUGAUUGCUGGUUAUGCACAACAUGGGAUUGGAACGGAGUCCUUAAUUCUUUUCAAUCACAUGCUGGAACGAAAUAUUUCCCCUACAAGUAUAACCUUCAUCUCUGUCCUCUCAGCAUGUGCUCAUACAGGACAAGUUGAGGAGGGUCAGAAGUAUUUCAACAUUAUGAAAGAGAAGUUUGGAAUUGAACCAGAAGUGGAACACUAUUCAUGCAUGAUCGAUCUGUUUGGUCGAGCAGGCAAGCUACAUGAAGCUGAGAAACUCAUAAACACUAUGCCAUUUAACCCGGGUUCAAUUGGUUGGGCUGCAAUGCUUGGUGCAUCUAAAAUACAUGGGAACAUGGAACUAGCAUCAAAGGCAGCAAACAAGCUUCUUCAACUGGAACCUUCAAAUGCUGUACCUUAUGUCAUGCUUGCAAACAUGUAUGCCAGCAGCGGCAAAUGGGAAGAAGCGGCAAUGGUUAGGAAGCUUAUGCGCGACAGAGGUGUGAGGAAGAAACCAGGUUGUAGUUGGAUAGAGGUGAAUAAAAGAAUUCAUGUGUUUGUGGCCGAAGAUAUUUCGCACCCAAUGAUCAAAGAGAUUUACAAGUACUUGGAGGAGAUGGGAAGGAAGAUCAGGUUAGCUGGGUAUGUUUCGGAUCUGCGGUGGAGUUUAGUUAAGGAGGACGAGAUAGAAGCCGGAGAGAAGGAGAUAAAGUUAAGGCAUCAUAGCGAGAAGUUGGCAGUUGCAUACGGGCUACUGUCCACAAAAGAUGGGGAGCCUAUACUUGUGAUUAAAAACCUGAGGAUAUGUGGAGAUUGCCAUAACGCAAUCAAGUUUAUGUCUGCUGUUUCAGGGAGGGAAAUCACUGUAAGGGAUACCCAUAGGUUCCAUUGCUUCAAGGACGGGCAGUGCUCGUGUGGAGAUUAUUGGUAAUAUGCUUUUAGACACCUUGCUGGUGACCUCCAAAUCAAAUAUCCUAACCUACCCGAUUGGUGAGGGAUAAAUUUGAACCAAUUCAGCAAUUUUGUAACAUGGGUGAUUAGGAUUGGAACAGAUUGUGGAUCUUUAAUAUUCUUGUGUAACCAGGCUUCUAUUAAUAUGAAAACGUACAUUUAUUAUUAAAUUAAAUAA